AUGAUCAUCACGUCCGAGAGAAUCUCGAUCAUUGCCGAGACUUUUGCCAGUCCCUUUUCGACCGCUCAGGACAUCCAGAACCUCCCAGAACCCUUCCGGGAGCGUACUCUAGAUUUCUAUAUUACUCUUUGCCAUCGAUUGAUGAAACAGCGAAGCGAAUUGGCCGAUGAGACGGACUCUUUGCUGAAGGCGUGUUGGUCACUUGCCGAGAUGCUUUUCAGUCUGAGACAGAAUAAGCGUGACGGAAGAGCUCCUGACGAGGAGCUCCUGUGUUCAGCGGUACAGGCAUGCUGGGAGCUUUGCGAUCUCUUCAGAGACGGGUGGACCCAAGUGCGGCCAGACCGAAACACCCCACGACCGAGCCAGACGAGCUUCUUCGGCCAUCAGCAGCAGUAUGAUCAACCUGCUCGAGGUGAGAGCAGAGCGUCAAACCGAUCGUCAUACUCAAAGAGGGAAAGUCACAAAAGCCUGACCGAGGAGCGGCCACGAAAGCCGCCACCAGUUCCUGAAACUCCCGUGACUGAAUUUGAAGACACGCCGAUCUCUCCAGAGAGCUCCUCACCCCGAGUGCCAAAUAUUCUUGUUCUAGGCACAACAUCUGACAGCGGACGUGGGGGACGAUGGUCGAGCAGCGCUUCGCAAUUGUCGAGCUACUCGCAAAGCAGCAACAAGACAUCCAGCACGGCAACAACGACUACGGCAGGCGAGGACAGCAACAGCAACCGCAUCAAAGCCCUCGUCAUCAAGGCUGCCAUGAACGUUGGCUUUGCUCGAGACCCGGCUCUUGACAGUAAAGCUGAAAAGUCAGCUCUUCAAGCCUUUGUCAAGCAUAUGCCCACGGGCUCCUUCGGGUCUUUACCUGCGCACUCGACACUUUUACAGCACUACAAGAACCUUGUGCAAGCCGACUCGGCGUUCAGGGGAUCUUCGUUGCUUCCGGCCCAUGGCAAACGUAUCUCGGCGCAUGACCUGGCCAAGAGCGUCCACUACAUGAACCAAAGAUCUAGCCAGUAUGUCUUCUUGCGCGACCUGUAUAGGCUCGUGUUUGGCUUCCCACCAGAGGAGGGCGAGUCGAGAAAAUCAACAACCAUAGUGGUCUGA